CUGUUUUGUUUAGCUGACCCCCUUAUGUGGUGGUUUUCCUUUUAGGUGGGAUGGGUUUGUCUAUCUUUGAUGCCUGCCUCAUCACAGAGGAGCUGGCUUAUGCCUGCACAGGAAUGCAGACGGCCAUGGAGGCAAACUCGCUGGGACAAAUGCCUGUUAUCAUUGCUGGAAAUGAAGAACCGAAGAAGAAAUACCUGGAAAGAAUGACGGAGGAGCCACUGAUGUGUGUAAGUUUUGGGUCGGAAAAAACUGCUACUUUGCUAAAGAUUCUUUUCAGGCACCAGCGGUUUUUAUUUUUAUUGUUUUGUGAAACUAUGCAGACAGUUAUUAGGCCUCCUCCUACCUCUGCAGUUUCUAAAUACUUUCUGCAGUUUAAACCUUUGAACCUAUGCAAUAUGUUUUCUUUGUUCUUCAAAGGCGUACUGUGUGACCAGCAUCAGGCUGUGUCCUUCCUCCUGGCUGAGAUGGCGAUGAAGGUUGAGCUGGCCAGGAUGGCGUACCAGAGAUCUGCUUGGGAAGUUGAUCAAGGUCGCAGGAACACCUAUUACGCCUCCAUUGCCAAGGCCUUCGCCGGAGACAUCGCCAAUCAGGUGGCCACUGACGCCGUUCAAGUCUUCGGAGGCAAUGGUUUCAACAGCGACUACCCUGUAGAGAAGCUGAUGAGAGACGCCAAGAUUUACCAGAUCUAUGAAGGAACAGCUCAAAUCCAAAGGCUCAUUAUCGCCAGAGAACACCUGGGAAAAUUCAAGAAGUGAACAGUUUCCUGAUCUGUCCUUGUUUAUUUAAAGUUAACUUCUGUAGCCCUGUACAUACAAACGUGCUUCAGUAAAAUUAAUCUGGCCACUUAGUUGAGUGUUUUCUGCCUUAACAUGUGAUUCAGAUCAGCAGUCUGAUGCUCUUCAAUGGUCUGAUGCAGAUCGCGAAAAAGGAAGACCACUGACUACAUUAAUAAAACUUCUCAUGUCAACAGGACGUCCAAAUGAACACAAUAUGCUGUAAUCCUUUCAUAACACAACCUGCUUAUUACCUUUUAUUAAAGUAUCAGAAAUACAUUUUAAAACAAAAUUCAGUUAUUGACUUAAAUUUUUUUAGGUUUGCACAAUAUAUUGUUAUUUACAUCAAUGGGCAUUUAAAAACAUUUUUGGAUCAGUCCAAUAGGUAAAGCUGGGCCAUUAUUAACAAGAAAUGUAGUUACUGUUUCUGGAGGGGGAGGGGAGUGGACCGCUCAUCGGGUUUUAUUUGCUAAUGUGACGGUGAUUAUGAUGCAGGGCCAGGUUUUUGUUUAACUGAAGCAAAGAAGCAAUUUGAAUGUUUGUUUUUUUCAGUUAAAUGUUGUUGAAUAUUGGCCAUAAAGGCUAUAUUAAUAUUGGCUCAGAUUUUAAUAUCGGUGCAUCCCUAAAUCAAAGUUGCUUUUCAUAUAAUCUUCUAAAUGAUCAACUGUAUCAGGUUUCUGUAAGGAGUUAAUGUUCUGCACACUUCUUGAGAUUUUAAAUAACUCAUCAUUUUGCCUUAUUUUUUCUUUACUGUCUCUGACUUUGUUGACCUGUCUGAAAGAUCAAAUUUGUAAAACAUUCAAUUUGAACAAUGU